AUGUCUUCCCAAUCAGAGGAGGAUUUCUCAGCAGAGUUUGAGGUUCACUGCAGUCUGCACUCUGAGAGACUCAAACUCUUCUGUCUGGACCAUCAGCAGCUAGUUUGUUCCAUCUGCAGAGAUUCAAAAACACACAACCACCACAAAUUCAGACCCAUUGAUGAAGCUGCACAGGAUCACAAAGAGGAACUCCAGAAAUCCCUGAAGCCCUUACAGGAGAAACUGAGAGUCUUUGAAAACGUUAAAGGAAAAUAUGAUCAAACAGCAAAACACAUUAAGAUCCAGGGAAGAGACACAGAGAGGCAGAUUAAGGAGCAGUUUAAGAAGCUUCAUCAGUUUCUACAAGAGGAAGAGGAGGCCAAGAUCUCUGCUCUGAGGGAUGAAGAAGAAAAGAAAAGCAAAGUUAUGAAAGACAAGAUUGAGGGUCUAAGCAGAGAGAUAGCAGCUCUUUCAGACACAGUCAGAGUCACAGAGGAGGAGCUGAGAGCUGAAGACAUAUCAUUCCUGCAGAACUACAAGGCUGCAGUGGAAAGAGUCCAGCAAUGCCCCCUGCUGGUUGAUCCACAGCUGUUCUCAGGAGCUCUGAUAGAUGUGGCCGAACACCUGGGCAACCUGACCUACAACAUCUGGAACAAGAUGAAGGAGAUGGUCUCCUACACUCCUGUGAUUCUGGAUCCAAACACUGCUCAUCCAGAAUUCAUCCUGUCUGAAGAUCUGACCAGUGUGAGACGUGGAGAGAGACAGAAACUUCCUGAAAAUCCAGAGAGGUUUGAGUAUCCCUCUGUUUUGGGCUCUGAGGGCUUUAACUCAGAGACUCACAGCUGGGAUGUUGAGGUUGGAGACAGUACAGGCUGGUGUCUGGGUGUGGCAGCAGAGUCUGUAAAAAGGAAGGGAAGCAUAGACACACUGUAUGAAUAUUGGAGACUAGGAUUCUUUAAUGACAAAUACACAGCAUUCUCCCCACCGGGUCGCUCCACUGAUAUCUCAGUGAAGAAGAAGCUGCAGAGGAUCAGAGUUCAUCUGGACUGGAACAAAGGAAAACUGUCAUUCUCUGAUCCUGAUACUAACACACACAUACACACCUUCACACACACUUUCACUGAGAGGAUGUUUCCAUACUUUUACACAAACAAAGAAUUCCAACUUAAUAUACUACCAGUGAAGGUCUCUGUAACAAAAUAA